UCACAAGAGCAACUGACAUUUUUAAGUCAAUUCCAAAUAGCAAGUCGUAUCCUAGCUCCAUUUUAGUCAUCGGAAGGCCAGGAAUUGGUAAAACUAUGUUGACGAAAAAACUUAUUCAUGAAUGGAAGACAAAUGAAGACGACUUUUGGCGCGAUAAGCUGGUCAUUUUAUUGCAAUGUCGUGCGAUUAAAGAGAAGUACAUUACUUUUGAAAAAAUGUUAAAGAGUUGCGUUGGAUUUUCAUUUGAACUGUUUUCAGAUAUUUACGAAUUUAUAAUGUUAAAUCCUGAAAGAACUGUUCUUAUCGUCGACGGUCUUGAUGAAUUGCCUUUAGAUAAUGGAGAUCUUCGAACUGACGACUCAGGGUCCCCUAAUGAUAAAAGGCACGUCAUUACACACUUAAGUAUGCUAGUUGAAGGUAAACUAUUGCCUGAUGUUACUGUUCUUAUUACAUCACGACCCACAGCUGAACAUAAAUUUCGAGAUAUGGAAUUCGCAAGGACAGUUGAAAUCUUGGGCUUUUUUGAGGAUGAGAUAAAAGAAUUCGUGGAAAAGUUUUGUCAUGAAGAUAGAAAUAUUGCUGACCGUAUUCUAAAUAAGAUUGAAAUUUCUCUUGAACUUCGCAGCUUUUGUUACAUCCCUAUUAACACUAAAAUUGUUUGUAUGACCUUAAAGGAAUGUUUUGCAGAUGAUGAAAACUAUAGUCCAAAGACUAUCACUGAAUUGUACGAUAGAGCAAUUAAAGUUUUACUAUGGAAAAGCCAUCCCCUUCUCAGGGGCAAGACUACAGAAAAGGAUUACUUGAGAAUUCCUUUACCAUCUGAGCUUGAUAAAGAUCUACAAGAAAUAAAAUAUGUUGCCAUGGAAGGGCUUAAAGACGGACGCCUGAUUUUUGAAAGAAAAAGUAACAGUAACUUUAAAAAUCUGGAAAACUGUGGCAUUUUCAAUAAGAUUUAUGAUGAUAAACGCCAUCUUUACUGUUUUCUUCAUUUGACUCUUCAAGAGUUUUUUGCAGCGUGGUAUAUUGUUGACGAUUGGCAAAACAUUGGAAAGUUUUUGGAUGAUCAUGUUGAAGAUCCUAAAUGGCAUUUGGUAAUCGAAUUUGCUGCUGGUUUGGUUGGAAAUGAAAAGAAAGAGAAGGGAAAAGAUAUCAGCGUUAUUCUGGAGAGGUUGGAAAGUUGGAUCUCACAUUUAUUUUUCUCAGAGGGUAAUAAAGCACUUGGUUUUCUUGGAAUGAAGUGCUUAUACGAAUUACAAGACGACGAUGAGAUGAGAUCAAUUUGCGAGUCAAAUAAUUUUUCAGAAACAAUAUCCAUUGAUAACGUUUCUUUCACGCCUCUUGAUUCAAACGCCUUCUUUGAAUUUCUCUCUGAAUGCCGACAAUUAAGAGAACUCGCGUUUUCUUCAUGCCAAUUUCCUGAUAAUCAUAGCGUCAUUAGAUUGUCAAAAUAUUUGACAAAUGCAACAGCAUGCAAUGUAUUUUCUUUAAAAAUCAACUCCUGUUCUGUUAAUGAUAUAUCAAACCAUCUUAGUAAAGCUUUAAAAAGUGAAAAUUGUAAACUUAGUGAAUUGGAAAUUAAAAAAAACUAUAUAGGUGAAGAAGGUGCUAAAUAUCUUAGUAAAGCUUUAAAAAGUAAAAAUUCUAAACUUACUAAUUUGUUUAUUAAUAGCAACAACAUGGGAGAUAAAUGUGCAAAAUAUUUUAGCGAAGCUUUGACAAGUGAGAAUUGUAAACUUACUGAAUUGUCUCUUGAUAGUAACAAGAUAGGUGAUGGAGGUGCAAAAUCUCUUAGUGAAGCUUUGACAAGUGAGAAUUGUAAACUUACUGAAUUGUCUCUUAGUCGUAACGAAAUAGCAGCUGGAGGUGCUAAGUAUCUUAGUGAAGCUUUAAAAAGUGAGACUUGUAAACUUACUAAAUUGUCUCUUGAUUAUAACAAUAUAGGUGAAGAAGGUGCAAAAUCUCUUAGUGAAGCUUUAAAUUGUAAGAAUUGUAAACUUACUAUAUUAAUUAUCAAUGGUAACAAAAUAGAUGAUGAGGGUGCAAACUAUCUUAGUGACGCUUUAAAAAGUAAGAAUUGUAAACUUACUGAAUUGUCUCUUGAUAGUAACAAGAUAGGUGAUGGAGGUGCAAAAUCUCUUAGUGAAGCUUUGAAAAGUGAGAAUUGUAAACUUACUGAAUUGGAUCUUUCUCAUAACAAUCUUAGUGAAGCUUUGAAAAGUGGGAAUUGUAAACUUACAGAAUUGGAUCUUUCUGACAACAAUAUAGGUGAUGGAGGUGCAAAAUCUCUUAGUAAAGCUUUUAAAAGUGAGAAGUGUAAGCUUACUGAACUGGAUCUUUCUUAUAACAAGAUAGGUGAUGGAGGUACAAAAUCUCUUAGUAAAGCUUUGAAAAGUGAGAAUUGUAAGCUUACUGAAUUGUCUCUUUCUCAUAACAAGAUAGGUGGUAAGGGUGCAAAAUCUCUUAGUGAAGCUUUGAAAUGUGAGAAAUGUAAGCUCACUGAAUUGUCUCUUUAUAUUAACAAGAUAGGUGAUGAAGGUGCAAAAUCUCUUAGUAAAGCUUUGAAGAGUGAGAACUGUAAACUUACUGAAUUGGAUCUUUCUCAAACCAACAUAGGUGAUGGAGUUGCAAAAUAUCUUAGUGAAGCUUUGAAAAGUAAGAAUUGUAAGCUUACUGAAUUAGAUCUUUCUAAUAACACGAUAGGUGAUGAAGGUGCAAAAUAUCUUACUGAAGCUUUGAAAAGUGAGAAUUGUAAACUUACUAAAUUAUCUCUUUCUCAAAACAAGAUUGGUGAUGGAGGUGCAAAAUCUCUUAGUGAAGCUUUGAAAAGUAAGAACUGUAAACUUACUGAAUUGUCUCUUGAUAGUAACAAGAUAGGUGAUAAAGGUGCAAAAUCUCUUAGUGAAGCUUUGAAAAGUGAGAAUUGUAAACUUACUGAAUUAUCUCUUGAUAGUAACAAGAUAGGUGAUGAAGGUGCAAAAUCUCUUAGUGAA